AUGGCCGGCAGGGGCCACCCCGAACGAGGUCGCUCUACCGUCACCCGGAAUGAAACCAUUGCUCAGCAGUCGGCCACUCAAUCCUCCAUCGAACCCCCGGGACGACCCUGUGCCCGAGCACGGCCUUCGUCGAGUCCUUCACCGGUCAACGAGAAGUCGGGACCCAAGUUAGAAAAAUGGACAUUGGGGAUUUUGAACGACAAGGAAACCGAGGAGGUGCCUGGGACCGUUCUGCUGCUCUCCUCGACCCGCAAUGAGCCGCUCGGUCUCGAGUACCAACAGGGCCGGAACAGGAGCAGCUCUUCCAUGCCGGCCCAGCCACUAUCACCCAGACGUCCUUCCGUGGGCCCUAAGAAGAAGACGAAGGACGGACAAGUGAUAUUGGACCCUCAGCCAGAUGACUCGCUGAACGAUCCGCUCAACUGGCCGACUUGGCGACGAGACAGUGCUCUUCUUACCCUCGGAUUUUAUUGCAUGAUCGGCGGCGGCAUGACGCCCAUUCUGGCCGCGGGCUUCAACAACGUCGCCGAGGACUUUGACGUCUCGUAUUCGCAAGUCGCUUUGACCACAGGUCUGUACAUGAUGGGCAUGGGGGUUGGCAGUGUCAUCUUCUCGCCCACAGCGAUCCUAUACGGGAAGCGUCCUGUCUACAUUGGCGGCGCCGUCAUGUUUGUCCUGAGUUCCGUCUGGUGUGCUCUGGCACCCAACUAUGCCCACUUGGCCACUGCGAGAGUCUUCCAGGGCAUAUCUGUGAGUCCGGUUGAAUGCUUGCCAUCUGCCACUAUCGCCGAGAUCUUCUUUCUUCAUGAGAGAGCGUUUCGAGUGGGGAUAUACACCCUUUUGCUGCUAGGAGGAAAGAAUUUGAUACCUCUGGUGAGCGCUGUCCUCAUCGAUGCAAAAGGCUGGAGAUGGGUAUUUUGGGUUGUGGCCAUCGUAGUGGGCUUCGGCGGCGUCCUCCUCUUUUUCUUUGUUCCUGAAACCUUCUGGGAUCGAACUCCGAGACCCAAAGCAAGAAGACCCGCUGCUCAUCGAACACUGUCCAACCUUCUCCAUCCCCUGCACAACAAAAACAUUGCGAACGACCAGGCAUCUCUCGGUCGAGUAGAAAGAGCUGCUGCUGUCGAGAAACCCUUGACCGCGAGACAGCAUAUGCUGCUUGACCACAACGCACAUGCUCGGUUCGAGGAUAGCCUGGAAGACGAGGAGCCGGCACAGCCUGAUGAGAGAAACCCCAACGAGUCCUCCAACACUGUUCCUUCAAUAAAAAGCACUUCAAGUGCUGCCAAGACCGCUGAAAAGAACAGUGAUGCGUCACCCAUGACAGACGGUGCCAAUGAGGGCCACAGCUCAGAGGCUGUCAGUCAAGGCUCAGCACCAACAACGGCCCCGAUACAACAACCAGCGCCCGCCGCGCUUCCUCGGAAGAAGUUCAAGCCCACUGGCUUAGCUAUGCCGCCGACACCAGAUCCGCGCACCUUCUCUGGGCCUUGGGACGGAACUCAGAAUAGUAAACCAGUCCGACUCCCCACAGGCUUCAUGCCUCCUACUGGCAUCCCUAAUAUUGGACACCCGUCUCCUGAUGAUGACGUCUCCGUUCCCCAUCUUCACAACCUCAACUCCCCAUAUUACGUUGAAUUGGAAAAGGGCGGCGACUACCUCAGCCAUCAUGAGGCUCCCGAACCGCCCCACGAGGAGUCCAAAGAGCAGGAGGCUGAAUUGGCAAGAAUGGACACCAAUGUGACGCUGCCUGGCUCUAAAUACGGUCCUUCCGACCUGGAGAAGUCAAGGUCGAGGAGCAUCGACGAAGGAAUGCAAUCUCCCAAGCUUGCGCGCUACACAACAGAGCUUCGACAAUCGCCGCCAAAGUCGUAUGUCGAGACACUGCGGCUUUGGAACGGCAGGCUCUCCAAAUCGAGCUGGUUUCUGGUCGCUCUUCGGCCUUUCAUCUUGUUCGCUUACCCCAGUAUUCUGUGGUCGACACUGGUAUACUCGCUGUCGAUCGGGUGGCUUAUUGUGCUGUCUGAAUCGAUCUCGGAUAUCUACAAGAGUCGUGACAGCUACAACUUUACCUCUCUACAAGCCGGACUGGUCUACGUGUCACCGUUUGUGGGCGGCAUUCUGGGUACCGCAGUCGCUGGAAAGGUGUCGGAUGUCAUCGUCCGGUACAUGUCUCGGAAGAAUGGCGGUGUGUACGAACCGGAAUUUCGACUUGUCAUGGCCAUCCCCGUCGCCAUCAGCACAGCCAUCGGUCUGAUGGGUUUUGGCUGGUCGGCCGAGGAGAGAAAUGCUUGGAUCGUGCCCACGGUCUUUUUCGGAGUCAUCUCGUUCGGUUGCUCCCUGGGAUCGACCACGGCAAUUACGUUCUGCGUGGAUUCCUACAGGCAGUAUGCUGGUGAAGCUCUAGUGACUCUCAAUUUCAGCAAGAACAUUUUCCAUGGCUUGGUGUUUAGUCUGUUCUUUGCGAGCUGGUUGGAGCACGAAGGACCGAAGAGCACAUUCCUGGCCAUUGGGGGCAUUCAGAUUGCGUGUAUGGUCCUCACGAUACCCAUGUACAUCUAUGGCAAGAGGGCUCGGAUGUGGACUGUACGCAAGGGCUUUAUGGAGAAGUUCUGA